AUGGGAACAGGGUGGUGGUGGUUGUGUGUCUUGGGAAUUGUUGCUGCUCCGUGUUGGGGCAUUAAACAGUGUAUGGAUGGGAUCAUGAUCAAUGUGAUCCUGUUGGAAGAUGAAGAGUCUCCCUGGAGCCUGAGGUUUGUGAAGGACGAAAUAGAAAAGGCCAUUGAGACAGAUUCAACCAUUAAUGCGGAAGAAGGGGUAGGGUUUAAUCUCACGGCUCAAUUUGGCGGGUUCAGACCGACCUUUUAUCGACAUAGAGGCUGCCAAAGCAGUGCGUGUGAGGCACUGGACGAACUAAAGAGCCUGAUAAGUGAAGGUACCCUGGGAUGUGCAGUGCUUGGUCCCACCUGCACCUACGCUACUUUCCAUAUGGUCGAUGUGGAAAAAGGUCUGAAGCUCAACUCCCCUAUCGUCUCGGCGGGAAGCUUCGGCCUCUCCUGCGACUAUACGGUCAACCUGCAGCGCCUCCUGCCGCCGGCACGCAAGAUCUCUGACUUUUUCAUAAACUUCUGGGCAUUCGACAACAAGAUCAAGCCUGUGUGGGAGACGGCUUAUGUUUACAAGAAACAGAGCAACACUGAGGAUUGCUUUUGGUACAUAAAUGCACUGGAUACAGACUCGAGCGGGUUCAAUCAAAAAAUUCAGAGAACCUCGCUGCGCAAACCAGAAGAGCUGAAUACAGUACUGUCACAAAAAAACAGGACAAGCAACCUGUUUAUCAUGUGUGGAUCACCAGUGGAUGUAGAGGAGGUGAAAAAAGGCUCCAAAGUGGCAGACAGCAGCGAUAUUCUUUUUAUCCUUAUUGAUCUUUACAAUGAUCAAUACUACACCAACACAUCGUCAAAGCCAUCCAUGAGGAACGUGUUGGUGCUGACUAUGCCCAAUACCAGAAACUACACUAUCAACACAGACCUGAAGGACAACAACACCAUGAAUGAUUACAUGGCUGCGUACCAUGAUUCAGUGCUGCUGAUAGGCAAGGUGAUGAGGGAAAUUGCUAGAAAACCUCAGUCAGAGAGUCAGGAGACGAAUUACUUCCAUUACUUCAGAAACAUCUCCUUUAAUGGAAUUGCUGGAAACUACAAGCUGGACAAGCAUGGAGACAGAGACGCCAAUUUCUCAGUCAUUUACACCACAAAUGACAACAAGUACCGAAUUUUAUUCAACUUUGACACUGAGCUUAUGAAAACGACAGUGGUUGAGACGGACCCUUCCUUCAUCUGGGGAACGAAACUUCCUAAUUUCAGGCCAGACGAAGUCCUAGCUGUUCAUGACUUCAUUGUCAUUCUGUUGGCUGUCACAGUGGUUGUGGUGGCCACCAUCGCCUUCAUUUUCUACAGACAGAACCGGAAAGUCCGCAAGGUCAAAAAGCGCUGGUCCCACAUCCCUUCUCAUCUCGUCACACUGCUGGAGAACAACCAGCUCAAUGUCAUCUCUCUGAAGAUUGAAGACGAGGGGAAAAUGCAAAUCAAGAUCCGUCGUGCGCUCUACGAUAAGAAGAUUGUGAUUCUGAAGGAGCUGGAGCACUCAGAUGGGGACAUUAACGACACCCGGAUGAUAGAACUUAACGAGCUCAAGCAAAUCGACUAUUACAACCUCACAAAGUUUUAUGGCACAGUGAGGAUUGAUCAGGGUGUGUUUGGAGUGUUUGAGUACGGAGAGAGGGGUUCGCUCAGGUAUGUGCUGAAUGACAAGGUUUCAUACCCAGAGGAGACCUUCAUGGACUGGGAGUUCAAGAUCUCCGUCAUGUAUGACAUCGCCAAGGGCAUGUCCUAUCUCCAUUCCAGUCACAUCCAGGUGCACGGUCGCCUCAAGUCCACCAACUGUGUGGUGGACAACCGCAUGGUGGUGAAGAUCACAAACUUUGGCUGCAACAGCUUUCUCAGCCCCGGCAAAGACUUGUGGACUGCUCCGGAGCAUCUAAGGAGACAGGGCACCUCUCAGAAAGGAGACGUGUACAGCUUCGCCAUCAUCGCUCACGAGAUUGUUCUCAGAAAGUCCACCUUCUACAAAAGGAGCUGCUCCAACCGAGCAGAAAAACUUGCCAAGGUCAUCAUGUCCUACUACAGACCUGAUCUUAAAUUUGAGACAGAGUCAGAGAAUGAAUUAGAGGUGAACACGUUGAUAAAAAGCUGUUGGGAUGAGGAUCCAGAAAAAAGACCAGACUUUAAGAGGGUAGAAAACUGUCUGGGGAAAAUAAUCAGUAAAAUUCAUAACCAGGACAAUGAGAGCUACAUGGAUAACAUGAUAAGAAGACUGCAGAUGUACUCCAGAAACCUGGAGCACCUGGUGGAGGAGAGAACGGUCCUCUACAAAGCUGAGAGGGACCGAGCCGACUGCCUCAACUACAUGCUGCUUCCUGGCCCGGUGGUGAAAAGCCUGAAGGAGACUGGUGUCGUGGAGCCAGAGCUGUACGAGGAAGUGACAAUAUACUUCAGUGACAUCGUCGGUUUCACCACUCUGUGCCAGUACAGCACACCCAUGGAAGUUGUGGACAUGCUCAACGACAUCUACGGGGGCUUUGACAGCAUCGUCGACGACCACGACGUGUACAAGGUGGAGACCAUUGGAGAUGCCUACAUGGUGGCCUCCGGGUUGCCGAAGCGAAAUGGGAACAGGCACGCCGUGGAUAUCUGCCGCAUGGCGCUGGAUAUCUUGGCGUUCAUGGGUACCUUCCAGCUCCGACACUUGCCUGGUAUCCCUGUGUGGAUACGCAUCGGCGUGCACUCAGGUCCCUGUGCAGCAGGUGUCGUGGGUAUAAAGAUGCCCAGAUAUUGUUUAUUUGGAGACACAGUCAACACUGCAUCUCGUAUGGAGUCUACAGGACACCCCCUGCGGAUCCACGUCAGUCAGCCUACUAUAAAUAUCCUGCAGAGGACAGAUUGCAAGUUUGAGUAUGAGACCAGAGGAGAAACGUAUCUGAAGGAUAAAGGCACAGAGACAACCUACUGGUUGACGGGUGAGACGGGCGAAGACUACGACCUCCCAACUCCACCCACAACUGAGAACUUCCAGCGGCUCCAGCAGGACCUCGCCAACAUGAUCCUGACGUGUCUGGAGCGGCGCUCUCGAGGCUCCGUCAGGAGGAAGACGCCGCUCUCGAGUCAGAGCAAGGAGGACGACGAGGACCCGGAAUCAGGGGUGGAGUCUGAUACCGACCAACCUGAGUACCUGCAUCUGGCAACUGUGAAUAACACCCUCAGUACAUUCCUGUAGUACAAACCUACCAGAGUAGGUAGA